AUGGCAGGGUUUGCAGGGCUAGUGCGGAAAACUCAUGAAUAUGUAAAAACCAAGGAGUUCCGGGAUUACAUAACCAGCACCCACUUCUGGGGUCCGGUGGCCAACUGGGGCCUUCCACUGGCCGCCUUCAAGGAUAUGAGGGCGCCUCCCGACAUCAUCAGCGGCCGCAUGACGACGGCGCUCAUCUUCUACUCCAUGGCUUUCAUGCGCUUUGCCUACCGAGUCCAGCCUCGAAAUUACCUGCUGUUGGCAUGCCAUCUCACCAACGUGGUGGCGCAGACCAUUCAGGGUGGCCGUUAUGUGAAUCACUACUUCUUUGGUGGGGCCAAGGCCAGCAAACCUUUGGCCAAACAAGCUUGA